AUGAGCUUCGACGAUUCUAUUUUAGAAAAUAUUAAGACUCAACACGAGUCCGAUGACGAUGGUGAAGCAUUUAUGGAAGUAUUAGGUAGAUUUAAUGAGCCUGAAUGUAAUUUUAACUAUGACCCUCUAUACCAAGGGACCGAUGUGGAAAAAAAGGAGUUCAAAUGGCACUGUGAUAUGACUCAAUUCCUUACACCGUAUAAAGCCGAGGAUGAUGCCAAAGCUAUUGCCCCAAUACCGACGGUUGCCGAUGAGUUUGUAGAAUGUUUUCCAACUGGAAAAGGACCAGCUAAAAAUGUUGCAAGUAUUCUCGAAGCUUGGCAUCUCAUUUUCGACGUUUCAAUGCUAAGCCAAGUAGUUAAAAGCACAAAUGAAGAAAUAAAAGCCAUCAAACGGAAAGAAUCAUAUCAGAAACGUUUAACAGAUAUGACGGAGAUGCGAGCAUGGUUGGGAUUGAACUAUUUAUGUGGCGUUCUUAGAAAUACUUUAUAUCCAGGAGCCAUAGAGGAGUUGUGGACAUUGGAGCUUGGAAAUGCGAUUUUCAGGGCAACUAUGACAUAUAAGCGUUUUGAAUACCUAGGCAAAUGUUUACGCUGUGUGGAACGGCUUGACAAUUGUCAGUUCCCCAAUCCUUUGGAUGAAGUAGGCGAUAUGUGGGAGAAAUUGGUUAUCAACUGUCGAUCAUACUAUGCACCAAGCAAUUUCUGUAUGAUCGAUGAACAUAUUCUGGAUUUGACCAUGGACGCCCAAAGACCUUUUGAUCAUAUUAUCCCUACCCUAUGCAAUAGUAAAGGUCUUCGCUUUAUUACAAUGUGCGACGCUAAAACGCUAUAUGUGUCAAAUGCCAUAGUAGCAACCCAGAGCAACCCAUUGGAAGAGGAAAUUUAUCAACUAAUUAGUGAUAUUAAAGGUUCAGGAAGGUGUCUAUGUAUACGUGAACGUUUUGGCUCUAUGAAAUUAAUGCAAAAACUAAGACAGAAUAACCUCCAAGUUGUUGGUGCUCUGGAAAAUACUAAUGAUGAUAUUCCCUCGGAGUUAUGCAAUAAUUCGAGCGGUUUUCAGAUGUGGUAUUCGAGGCAGGAUGCCACAAUUAUUUGUGGUUUAGAUAAAGCAAUAACUCCCACCGGGUUAAUCUUGACCAACGGACUUUCCCCGCGCUUUGAUGGAACUAAACUAUACGAAACAGUAAAAAAUUCUAAUGGGAAAGCAUUCGAGCGAAUGAGACUAUAUUCAACAAAAAAUUCUAUGGUUAAAACCUCAUAUUCAUGGUCAUUAGAAUUGUUCUAUUUUAUGCUAGAUCUCACGGCUUUUAAUGCGUGGACCUUGUAUCGUUUAUCGGAAAAUGGUAAUGCUGAGAUUGAACAUAGGGAUUUUCUAAGACAGUUGGGAUUAUAUCUAACUCAGCAACAGUUAAAACAACGCAUGCACCCAAACUUAAAAAUUCCCCUACCAUUGAAAUUACAAAUAGCUGAAAUUCUGGGUGAAAAUGUGGACUCUGUACUGGCCACUGCUUCUAGGAUAGCAGCGGCAACAAACAAAGUUGGUUCGAUAACAACUGGAAACGCAAUUGUUCCCGAUGGAAUUGUACUGCAGUCGAGAGAAAUUGACAAUAGGAGAAGAUGCCGAGGUUGCAAGUCCCGCAAUGGUUCAAAAAUAAAGACGAGAUGUCAACAAUGUCUCAUACCUUAUUGUAUGCGCCAUUUAAUAUCCAGAUGUGAACAAUGUUCUGGGUACAAAUUGCCGGAAUGUGACGCAGACGCCAAUAAAGUGAUUGAGCCGCAAUCAGCUGAUUUAGAUGCUUCUCAAGAUUAA